AUGAAUCUGAGAAACAUAACAAUCGCAACUUUAGCGAGCCUAUGUCUAGUUAGUGGGUACAAGGCUCCAACCAAGAGGCUCACCACUACACUGCUCUCGAGGCUAAUGCCAAACUGGACCCCUAGACACCAGGCCAAUUUUGCGCUCUAUGUACCUACAUGUUCAGUCGUAAAGAGCUAUCCAUACUCAACGUCCCCGACUAUACGUGUCUAUGGAAUCACAAAAAACUAUUCGGCUGUUCUGACUGGAUAUCCGGUAAACAGCUCCAUGGAUCCGGGAAAACAAGUACCUUGCGGCAAAAAUAAAAGAAACUGCGGAGGACUGCAGAACCGCGGCGUACUUUACGGGUGGACAGACAAAGUCAGACCCGCACUCACUGGAAGGUCAUCAUUCGUCUUUUACACUGACUACACCCUGCAAAAGCCGAAAGAAGGAUCAAGCGCAGAAUACUGCGUACACAUUUACUCACCACCCGUCGGAAAAAUUGAGGCAAUCAAUAGAGCCAUUGGAGCAGGGGCCAGAGAUCCAAGCAGAAACUUUGGCUCCGACGAAAGACUAGAGAGAAUCAUACUAGGCGCUUCAAAGGGAAAAACCAAAAAAAUUGCGGCCUGCUGUUUUUUACUCCAUGGAUAA